AGUAUUCGUUACUCCUAUUGGCUGCCUCCGGGCUGAUCUGACCAAUCACACUCGAUUUCUUUAAGACGUGUAACGUGGGACCAGAAGGGUUCUCUUGAAAGCACACUGUUCAAGGUAGUUGCUGCAGAUAAAUUGCUCAGAUGGGGGUGCUCUCAGCGCUGACACGGGGGCUUGUGAGAGGAGCUGACAGAAUGGCUGAGUUCACAAGUAAGCGUGGCCCUAGGACAUUCUACAAGAGUAGAGGCGCCAGACCCACUGGAGUGCUCACCUCCAGCAGAAAAUUCAUACCUGUACGGGCCAUGAUACCAGAGUUUGUGGUGCCUAAUUUGGAGGGAUUUAACCUGAAACCCUAUGUAUCUUACAAGACCCCAGAAGGAACAGAGCAGCCCAUGACUCCAGAGGAGCUCUUCACUCAGGUGGUGGCUCCACAGAUUGAGAGAGACAUUGAGGAGGGUGUUUUCACGAAGGAGAAUCUUGAAAAAUAUGGCUUGGAGAAAACACAAGAAGGAAAAUUGUUCAAGUUGCAUCCCAAGAACUUUAUUAAUUAAGAACAAUUAUAUUGUGCACUUCAGAGAUUUGCAAUGGACUUUAAGCAACUUUUUCCAACAAAAAUCACAGGUCAUAUUCAUGAAAAUAAAUAUUUUCUGCUGUAUAGUCAGUUUUGCAGAAAUGCACUUAAAACUGACAUCCUUCACAUUUUCAGUUUGCCUGGGACUGCUGAUAUACAUCCAAACCAUGUCAAAACCACAUACAUUUCAAUAAAUAACUAAAUAACUCCUUAGAGGAACAUGUCAUUUAAAAAAAGAAAUAAAUAGAUACAUGUUUAUUAAUAUGGCUAUGGUUUAUUUGUACAAAUCACAUUUGACAAAAGGUUUAGCCACUGGUGUAAAGCAAAAGGAGAACUAAUAGCUUACAAAUACACCGAUCAGCCUCAACAUUUUGUGUAUGUCCCCCUUGUGUUGCCAAAACUGCGCCAAUCUGCAUCUCAGAAUAGCAUUGUGAGAUGCUAU